UUUUCCAUUAAAAGCCUGUGUUUAAAAUGCUAUUUUCUGCACAACGCUGAAAGCAUUCAAGUUAUAAUGUUGGUAUUUUCUUUAGUUUGGUUAAUUCUUUUGGAUCGUUUCGAUUUCAAUGAGGCCGCAAAUCGCCGUUACAAUUUUGAAGUUCUAAAUCUAACUUGCAGCCGCAGGGGUGCCGUUUUGAAGGAUAUGAAAUGUAGUUUUGCUGAAAUUGCCACCAAUCGUUAUAGCAUCGACGUUUAUAUGUCCCUAACACGCCAGCUGGCUCAGAAUGCUGAAGUUGCUAUGAAAAUUUACAUUCAACCACCUAAUGGCGAUAAAAUACUCCAAUUUCUCAAUGUCAAAUUGAAUAUUUGCGAGACAUUGAAAAGACAAAAUAUAGCCGUGCCCAUGAUUCGAUCUAUUGUCAAUGAGAUUAUGCGAAAAAGUAAUGUGCCGUUUUCGUGUCCCAUUGUGAAGGACUUUGUCUACAAUUUGACCAACUUCAUCUUGACCGAUUCCAUUUUUCCCGUCUACACAUUUUUUGUGAAUUUCAAUUUUACCCUGAAUUUUAUGAAUGAUUACAAAUCCUUUGCUGAAUUGCUGUUGGAGGGACGCACUGUACCGAAAUGA